GCACGCGUACAAAGGCACUUGAGGGGCAGCGAAAACCUCGUAUGUGAGAGAGAGAGCGGAGAAAAAGCGACCCAUUCUUGACCCGCGGCGGACGUGCAAACAUGGCAUCCGUGGCGGUUACUCCCGAGAAACCGGGCGGCGGAGAUGGCGGAGAGCAGCAUAUCAGACAACAACAACAACAGCAUCAACAACGGCGACGGCGGCGGUUGUGCGUGUGUACCAGAGUGCACCAGAACAAUGCGCACCGCUCCGUGGACUUGGUCAAGGUGCGGGAGUUCCUCGACACGGCCUUGCUCUACGCAGACAGCAUUGCCAUCGCCGUAGGAACGCCGCCGCCGUCAGCGGAUCAACACGGCACCACAACCAGCACCGCCGCCGCCGACUCAACCCCACCGCUAUUGCAGUCCAUAACUCUGGCUGCUAGGGAAGCAGAGAGAAAGGCGCCGCCCGACCGCGGCGUCGAGUCAGUCGGGGAGGAAGGGGGGGGCGAGAGGGGUGCGGCGGGCGUGGUGAACGUGUUCGAGGUGACGCCGUGGGGAAAGUUCACGCCGGCGCUGAACGCCCUGCUGGGAUUCGCCUCUCGCGACGGGGCUGACCUUGUCAUGUUCCAGUCUCUGGAGACCACCGUGGGGAAGGACGCCGUAUCGGGCAUGGAGGCCCACAUGGGGCCCGCAGAUCUGGUCGUCGGCGCGGCCCUCACGGGACACGCCUUCCAGGGCGGGGAAACCGUGGAGCUGACGGGGGUCACGACGCCGUGGAACACGCUGGCGCUCUGGGACGUGGCCAAGCUUGCCAAGCUAGGGUUCUUGGGCGUCGCCGAAGGGCUGCUUCCCGGCGUUCCGGCGGGGGUAGAGGAGGUCACGGCCAUCGCAGCGCUGCAGGCGUUACUGGGGGCCGAGCACGCCCGCGCCAAGCUUGUGCGACUACCGCAGGCGAGUCGUGCGGUGGCAGACGGCAUGGGAGGACGAGGGCAGAAGGCGGUGGCACGAGUCGAAGAUGUCCAGCAAGCGCGAGAGGGCCGACAAGCAGAUGUCGGCGCUGGGCAUCAAAAAGGGUAUUGUGGAACAUCUAGGGUGACGAGCGAGGACUGGAAAGAAAGUUGACGGUGCCUCUGUACCCGUGGGGCACGGCGAAACGACGGAAAGGACAAGCGGGGUCGCUUGUGGGCGGACAUGGCCGUCUAAGACGGCUUUCAUGAGCAGACGCUCGAGCUCGGCGUCGCGCAGAGAGUCCCAUCGGUCCGCUGCAGGGCCUUGCACAUAGAUUUUCGUUUGUGUAUACAAGGGGUGUAUGACGGAAGGAACAGCGUGUAGGGAGGAAAUCAUCUGCAUGCUCCAGGGGUGGUUGAAUUCUUGGUGGUGCUGUUGUUUCGCGAUGGAUUCCAUUGAACUGACGAACCAACAAACCAUGGGAGCUCGUUGAGCCCACAGAAAACCGUGUCGCCAUCAGGUGCCACCGCCGUCUGGCAGCAGACGGCCGAAGACAAAUCGGAGUCACAUUGUAACGAAUGUGGUCCAGCGAACUCUCGUCCAGAACUUCCCCAUCGUGCCUUCUUUUCGCGGCCGCCACGUGACCAGGGGGCGUUGACGUAUCCCGUGCGCGCUGUGUAAUAGUUUCUCGCCAA